GCAAGUUUUCCUCUGCACAGCCCUGUGAGGUUCUACUGACAAAGUGAGAACCUAUGAUGUCCGAGCGUCAGACUCUUCAGAGAAGAUGGAGCUGAAAGACGUCCUGACGUCUGGACCAGAUGAAGAAGAAAAGAAAAGACAACAGAGAAGACGUCACUCAGUGUUCAUUGCAAUUUUGAUCUAUUGGUUGAAUGAAUCUAAGAAGAGCACAGCAAAGAUGCCUCCUGGACCUACCCCUUUCCCUUUCAUUGGCAACCUCAAUCUGGUGGACCUGAAUAAGCCCCACCAAUCACUGAUGGAGUUGUCCGAGAAGUAUGGUGAAGUCUUUACUGUGCAUUUCGGACCCAGAAAGACAGUGGUUAUUGCUGGGUACAAGGCUGUGAAAGAAGCACUCGUCACCCGAGCUGAGGAUUUUGGAGAAAGGGCGAGUUCUCCAAUAUUUGAUUUAACCUUCAAAGAUCAUGGUGUUGUUUUUUCGAAUGGAGAAGUAUGGAAAACUAUGAGGAGGUUCGCGCUAUCAACACUUCGAGACUUUGGAAUGGGGAAGAAAACCGUGGAAGCCAAAAUUCAAGAUGAAUUAAUUCCCCUCAUAGAAAAGUUUAAAUCUCAUAAUGGUAAACCAUUUGAGACACACUCGAUAAUAAACUAUGCAGUUUCCAAUGUUAUAAGCUCUAUUAUCUUUGGGCAAAGGUUUGAGUAUGACGACCCAAUAUUUCAAAAUCUGAUCAGAAUGCUAGAUGAAAAUAACAAACUGUUUGGUACUCCAAAAGUGAUGAUGUAUAAUUUUUAUCCUCUAAUUGGAUCAAUCCUUGGCCUGCAAAAGACACUGGUGCGGAACAUUCGAGAUCUAAAAAGUUUUAUUUUAAAAUGUGUUAAGAAACGGAGACUGGAAUAUGAUGCAAAUGACAUUGGUGGAUUUAUUGAUGCCUAUCUUAUGAAACAGGAACAGGAGUUAAAAAAACCUGAGACAUAUUUUGAUGAAGAAAACUUGAUUUGUUCGGUCCUGGAUCUCUUUGAUGCUGGAACUGAAACUACAUCUACAACGAUCCGCUGGGGAAUUUUGUUGAUGAUGAAGUAUCCGGAAAUUCAAAAGAAAAUUCAGGAUGAAAUUAAAACACACAUUAAACCGGGACAGUUGCCAACAGUUGAGGAUCGCAAGAAAAUGCCUUUUACUGAUGCAGUGAUACAUGAAAUACAGAGAUUUACCAAUAUUGUUCCACUGAACGUGUCCCGCUCACCUCCAACUGAUGUGUAUUUUCACGGUUACUGCAUCCCAAAAGGUACAGAAAUUAUUCCAUUCCUGACUUCAGUUCUCUAUGAUAAGACUCAAUGGAAAACUCCGUAUGAUUUUAACCCCAAUCAUUUUUUGGAUGACAAUGGAAAAUUUGUCAGACCUGAUGCAUUUAUGCCUUUCUCAGCAGGAAAAAGAGUUUGUGCAGGGGAAAGCCUGGCUAAGAUGGAACUUUUCCUGUUUUUCACUGGACUCCUCCAAGCAUUUACUUUCCAUCUUCCACCAGGAGUUCCCAAGGAAGAUUUGAGUCUCAAGCCUGCUGUUGGAUUCGUUUUAGCCCCUUUACCAUACAAGACAUGUGCCAAAGUGAACUAUUAGUGUAUGGUGAACAACAGACACAGCAUUGAGACUUAUGGUUUUGUUAAUUAUAGUUUUUGAAGAUUUAAUUUUGUACUUUUUUUUAAUACCUUUUUUCCACAAAUAUCUUUACUUUGAAAUACCUGUGUAAUUGAAUUUAACUAUGCACUUCUCCCAGUCUUUAAUUAACCCCUUCCCAAAAUAUAAUGGUUGAGGUCUGUCACGCAAAAACACAUUAUUGAAGACAUGUGACAGACCUGAACCAUCACGCAGUAAAACGAGCAGAGAAAGCAAUUAGAGAUGAGCGAACUUUUCAAAAAUUCCAUUCGGUCGAUUCGCCGAAUUUUCCCGAAAAGUUUGUUUCGAUCUUAAUUUGUUUGCGGUGAAUCGAUAUUAAGAAAGGCUAUUUCUAGCCUACAUACAGCCUCUAUAUGGGUAUAUAACACUUUGCUGUGUCCUAAAACACAUAUGGAGUGUGCAGGGGUAGGGAAAUAGUACUGUUAUUCAGAAUAGCAUGCAGAUUACCGGCAUCACUCUUAGAAUCACUGCCGCACAGCAGCACAAUGACAGAGCCUGGUGGUGGCAUCAGUGUCAGGAGACCAUAUAGUGACUGAAUGACAUAGCGUGGACAU